UACGGAAACUGCGCAGGUUUUAAAACGUAGCUGCAGAAUUCAUGGCGCUCACGUAACUAUUAAGAAGAGGAAUCGGUACUGGAGGUCCGUGAAGCAGACUUCUUCGCCUCAGUUCGCGCAGCUCUGCCGCGAACUCGCGUUUCCUGAAAUGCUCCGCCUCUGAGAGUCUCUGGCUUCAGUGAGAACAUUUAAAGAGUCUUACUCCACAGCAUCACAUCAUUUACGGCAGAGCAGAGGCUGGAACAGCUGCUGAUUCCAAACCAUCAAACUCAAACCAGCGUUCAGAGCAAAAACUGGUCGAACUCUGAAGAUGAGUGCUGCACAGAGUGAAACGACCCUGGAGGCCAAACUGGAGGCCCUGCAGUGCCACUUCACCUGGGAUCUGGACUCCUGCGGCAGGUCCAAACUUUUACGUGUCAGGGACAAGCUGGUGGACAUCGGCACGGAGGAGGGAAACAGUUGGCUGGGUCACAUUUACAACCUGCAGGGGUACCUCUGCCACCAGCUGGAAGACCACUCCCAGAGUUUCCUCAGCAGGGCUGCAGAGGCCCUCUGUAAGACCAGGAAAACAGAUGAGGGUCCAUGGCUGGUGGUGAACUAUGGGAACCAGGCUUGGCUGCACUACCAUCAGGGAGAACAAGCAGAGAGUCAGGCUUACCUGUCAAAGGUUGAGACCCUGAUGAAAGAGUACCCAUCUCCAUCACAGGACGAGCUGCAUCCUGAGAUCUACGCGGAGAAAGCCUGGACUCUGAUGAAGUUCAGCAGAGAAAAAAAGCAGCUGGCUGCAGACUACUUCCAGAGAGCCAUCAGGAUGCAGCCGGACAUGGUGGAGUGGCAGAGCAGCCAUGUGUUAGCUGUAGCGAGCACUUUUAAGCGCAGUGACACAGGGCUAGAGGCUGACAUCCUGGAGAAGAUGAGAAAAGCCAAGGAACAGGAUCCAGAGAACCUGUACCUGGCUGUUUACUACCUUGAGCAACGCGCUAAGACAGGAGAAAGAAUUGAAGAUGAAGCGCGCGAGUUAGCUGAGAAGGUCCUGAGAAAUCCUGUCAGCUGUUAUAACGGUAUGAAAUCAUUACUGAGGGUUUACAGAUACUACAUCUCCAUUGAUGAGGCUAUUGAUUUGGCAGAGAAAGCUCUGGAAAAACAUCCAGAUGCACGUUAUCUGAAAAGAUGUGCUGCACGUUGCUACAAAUGGAAGAUCGUUUUCUUCCGGGACGGUCGCCCAAAGCAAAGCGAGAUAGACAGAGCAGUCAGUCUCCACAAGGAGGUGAUUUCUCUUUAUCCUGGGUCUUCAUUUGUAAAGAGAAUAGACCUUGCAAACAUAUACGCAAAAUUAAAUCAUGGCCUGGCUAAAGCUGAGCAGAUGUACCAGGAGCUGCUAGAGCUUGAUCUGGAACCAGGAGACCGACAGACGCUUUACAACUGCUACGCAAAAUAUCUAAACUUUGAUCGGCAGGAGCACCACAGGUCGAUAAAAUAUCACAUGAAGGUGGCUGCGAUACCGGAACAAUCCUUCUUCAGAGAGAACAGCAUCAAAAUCCUGGAGAGGAUUAAAGACAGAGGCAGGAACCGCAUGUGCAGAGAAAUAGAGGAGUUUCUGGCCAAACUGGAAGAGCCACAGCAGUUCUAAAUCCAUCAAGGUCUAUCAUUACCGUGAAAAAUGAAUUUGAUUACAGACACAUCAGGACACAUUUGUGGAAAAGAUUUGUAUAAAUUAUGGAUUACCUCUUAGAAUAAUGAGUAAAUAGAAGAGACAAACAGACGGUGAAGGCCCGCUGCUUCCAGUCUCAGGAUUGGAUGGGUAGAACCUUUGAACCAAGAACCUUCAAUGGAAAACACAGAGUAACAAGUUUCAAAGGUCUGAAAGAUUUUUAUUUUUUUAAAAACAUUUUUAUUAUGUUAGUUAUUGUAAUAACAGUGGCUUGGUGCUUUAAAUAACCUCCACUGUGGAUAUAUUAGUCAUUAAUCCCAACUGAUUCAAACAGAUUUUAAUCACAUGCAGCACUUACUCACAUGUACCUGGAUUUAAAUAAUCAUGUUUUUUUUCUUUCCGUAGCUCUGUAUUUUAAGUUUAUAACCAAACAUAUCAGCUCUGUAUAAAAUCUGGAGUAACUAUGUUGAUGUAAUGGAUCAGUUUAUGUAGAACCUGAAUAUUAUCACCAGAUGUAACUGACUGCACAGACAGUACGUUAACCUGUGUCUACACUUUACUAACUCUGUUAAAUAAAGACUAAAUAAACUAAGAA